GAGAUCGCGAGCAAGAGCGCACGAGACAGGGAAGGUGGUGAUCAUGGCACCAAACCAAACGCUUCUGCGCUUCCGAACUCCACUCAGACCCAAAUACACGCCCGGGCAAGCAACUUCAGCCGAUGUCCUGCUCUGAGAACUGAGAGAGAACACUUGCGUUUGGAUAACUAUGAGGGUGAUCUACAUCCUGAACGCCGGCUUUGUUGCUGCCUUCUCAAGACAGGAGUCGCUUUAGACGAUUGAUCUUCGGAAACGCCAGCGAAGAACUAUUGUUUUAAGUUUCUGCAUGGCCAUGGAGACUGUGUCGGUUCUACAACAGCAGCUGUCCCAUCCCGGGACCAUGGUUGAGCGGAGCUCCAGCGAACACUGCUCGGGAGACGUGCCACUGCCGGUGGACUAUCCCGCCGGCGAGGUACCACCGUCCGGACGUAGGGGCUCCAGCGUGAAGAAGCACCUCCACAAACACAACCUGAAACAUCGCUACGAGCUUCAGGAGACGCUGGGUAGAGGGACUUACGGCAAAGUGAAGAAAGCCAUAGAACGACACACCGGCCGGGUGGUGGCAAUUAAGUCCAUCCGCAAGGAGAAGAUUAGGGAUGAGCAGGACAUGGUUCACAUCCGGCGAGAGAUUGAGAUCAUGUCCUCUCUCCGACAUCCACACAUCAUCUCCAUCCAUGAAGUGUUUGAGAAUAAGGAUAAGAUUGUGAUUGUGAUGGAGUACGCCAGUAAGGGGGAGCUCUACGAGUACAUCAGUGAGCGGAGGAGGCUGAGUGAGAGGGAGACCAGACACUUCUUCAGACAGAUCGUCUCUGCUGUGCACUACUGCCACAAGAAUGGGAUUGUGCAUCGAGAUUUAAAACUGGAAAACGUCCUCCUCGAUGAGAACUGUAACAUCAAGAUUGCAGACUUUGGGCUGUCUAACUUGUACCAUAAAGACAAGCUGCUGCAGACCUUCUGUGGGAGUCCACUCUACGCCUCUCCAGAGAUCGUCAACGGCAGGCCAUACAAAGGCCCUGAGGUGGACAGUUGGGCUCUGGGAGUGCUGUUGUACACCCUGGUGUACGGGACCAUGCCGUUUGAUGGAGGAGACCACAAAAAACUCAUCCGCCAGAUCAGCAAUGGAGAGUACAGAGAGCCCACCCAGUCCUCAGAUGCGCGUGGUCUGAUCCGCUGGAUGCUGAUGGUGAACCCUGAGCGCCGGGCCACAGUGGAGGACAUCGCCAACCACUGGUGGGUCAACUGGGGCUGGAAGUCCAGUGUGUGCGACUGCGAGGUCAAGCAAGGGGACGUGUCUGGCUCCUCCCCAAUGUUAGCCCGCUUUAUCGACUGGCAGAACCGCACUGAUGGCCGCUCAGCCACCAAGGCGCCGCGUGCAUCGGAACCAGCCAAUGGUAAUGGAUCAGGGUCAGGUCCACCGGCACGCCAGCGGAUGAGGAGGUCAUCGAAGGAGAAUGAUGCCAGCGUGGUUGGCGGUGUGCAUGUCGGAGGAGGAGGUCAUGUGACCCUUGAGCCAGGCCCGAAGCGGCCCAAGGGGAUACUGAAGACGCGGGCGAGCGGCGACCAGCGGUCACAGAGCCUGGGUGAGAUCGAGCUCCGCCGCUCCAUCCAGUACCAGGACGCUGCCUGCAGCACCGCUUUCGCGUCCGCCUCCAGCCUUGGGAAGGACGUUGAGGAGGAGCACGAACGCUUCCUCCUGGAUGGCUCGCCAACCAACAUGGUGCCCACGCUGCCCAAGAAGGGCAUCCUGAAGAACAACCAGCAGCGUGAGUCCGGCUACUACUCCUCUCCAGAGCGCAGUGAGUCCUCCGAGUUGCUAGGGGGCGGUGUCACCAUGCCCCCGCCCCAGCACCAGCCACCAGCCCCAACCGGCUCCCCGACCCGCCGGGCAGUGGGCAGGAAGGGUAUCCUGAAGCGCAACGGGAAGUACUCCACCCACAACAACCACAGCAGCGUCCAGCUGUACUGCGACCCAUCCUCCGCCACCGACUCAGGCCUGUCCCGCAGCCAAAGCCGGCCGUCCAGCAUCGUGGACGAGGAGAUGGGCCUCUCGCCCUACGUGGGCGGCAUGGACUGGCCCCCCACUUCACCCAAGCCAAGCAUCAGAGCCUGCCUUUCGGCCGAGGACCUCCUCCCGAUGGCCGGCUUCCGGGGCCUGCAGAUGUCUGCUGCGCCAGUUCUCCACGGGGGCAAGAUUGCGCGUGCCAGCCCUCCCGGCUCGCCCGGAGACAACGGCAGCUUCUCACUGCUCGGGGACCUGGACGACAUGACCCAGGUCUACCAGCACGCCCUAGACAUCAGCAACACGUUAACCUACAGAGGAGAGGAGAAGUAGAGGUAGAGAAAGACUUAGAGAAGGACACGGACCAGUGUCCAUCUCUCCUGGACUCCAUGGUAACUGUUGGGGAGGGAGAGACACUCUCAUCUCGAUGGGGUUCAAUAGGAAUAUGACUGGAAGUCCAUAGAUGAGAGAGAACAUAGAGAUAUUAGAGGGGAUCAGAGCAGUCUCUCCACACAUACGAUGCCAAUGACUGAGCUGCUUUGAAAUGUUUACAUGACAACCAGAGGGAAAAGAGAUGAUUGUGUUAUUUACACACACACACACACACACGCGUGCGUGCGCGUACACACAGUGGCUACACAUGUAUCAGCCACUGUGCCAAAGGUAAACAGACCUAAGCAGAGACUGUUAGACCACACACACCAUUUGUGUAGUGUGUAAAUUCUAAAUAUUUGCCUAUUUAUUGAUAAUAUAUAAAAAUGUGUCCUGGUCACACCAUUGGCACAACUAUUGCUUCAGAGAUUGGUUAAGUUACAAGACUAUGUGUCUUUUGAUGUACUUUUCAUGUCAAGUUUCCUUUUUUUUAAAUUAUGCUUGUGAUGAUGUAACAUGUAUCAAAUAGAUACUCCAUUUGGGGGAAAAAGGGAAGCGAACAUUUUCUCUUGUAAAUAGACGUUUAAAAAAAACUAAAGUUACAACUUUUUAGGGAGCAUUUGUUUUAGCCAGCCAUUUUUUUUUUUGAGAAGGAGAACUCCUUCUGUUAAGCAAAGCAGUAUUUACUGUGUGUACAUCGUACACUGAUCCCAAAAGAACACUGGGUCAAGCAUCUUACUCCAAGGCUGGUGCCACAGUAGUGGCCAUGGUCAUGGACCUGCUCAUUGUGUUUGAUAUUAACAUUUCUCAAGAAAAACGUAGCUAUUCUGGCCAAAGUUGUUGUGUUAGUCUAAACAGUGAUAGUGCAUAAAACUGUACAAACAUUAUAGAAACAUGUUGAAGUUGUUUCAUAUAACUUGGGAAGUCAAUGAUACAGGACAAAGAUGUAGUACCAAAUGCACUGGGCCAUUGUUCACAGGACAAAAUAUUCAGUUGUUCAAUCCAGUGUUCUUUUGAGGUCACUGAUGGGGUGGGAGAGAAUGACAUCAAGCACUUUCCCCCACCAAUGGGAUGGCUCAAAGAUUAGAGGUUAUGUUGAUGUCAUAAAGGUGGUUGUCGUGGAUUCCUGUUACCAGCUGUGUCUAGCUGACCUCAGUGAUUGGUUCCUUGUGGCUUCCAUGCCAAAAACGCUGAUGAGAACCAUGGCAACACCUCAUUUGGGUGUCUUCCCAGUGACACAGUGUUAUUGAAAAGCCAAUGGAAUCAGUUAGGUAGGAUAGGUAGGAUGUUACAAUGCAGUCAGAAUGGUGUUAGGCCAAGCACAUGUACCUGACUAUACUCCGUUAACUUAUUGCACACUUUUAGCAGUUCAUCAGUUUAAACAAGUAUAUAUGUUAUUCAGUGCAUACUGUAUAGAUUGAAGUGUUACAAGCACAGUGCCCCUUUGUGGUUGACAUUACCUACCAGACCAAGUCAAAGGCUAAUGAACUUCUCACACACCAAACACCAGAAUACCAGAGAGGCUAAGACAACACACUCAUUACUGCACAUUAACACAAACACACACACACACACACACACAGUAGCAGCAGCAGUGUUCAUAGAGGUGCAGACGACUAAAGUGUGAGGGUGGUGUUCUGGAUAAACACCGGACACUGGUGUUGAUUAUUCGUCCCCCAAGCCCAGAGCACCCCUGCCAGCCUGGGUGUAACCUAAAAAGCCACUCCAAGACGAAAACAAUCUGCCCCUGCAAAAACAGCAACAGACCCCGGAGAACACGCCACGGCAUCGGCACGUUUCGGCCAGCAGAUCCAUUCUUAUUUGAGUAGGAAGGAAUAACACAACACCCAGUGCUGUGCAUGCUAUAGCGCUGUCAGAAUGGCCCCUUGUGGUCCUCCGAAUGGGCCGACAGGUCAUAAAAACAAAUAAAAGGGCUCUGAUAGACGUCUGCGAAAGGUCAACUUUAUAUUUUGCUGCUACGUGUCCCGGGGUGGAAAUCACCAAGCCCUGGAAGCUCUGUGUGAAGUGUUUUCUGUAUGGUGCGUGUUGUGGUUUUGCAUUCUGACUCGUUCCCUUUUAUUUUGUGUUGCACAGACUGGGUGCUGUUAACUGGAUUUACAAUGCGGACAAAUUUGUACUAAGUUAGUAUUUUGUUUGUAUAUUGUUAGACUAUUUUUUUUUCUAGAUGGCUGUGCUGUUGUUUUGUUACUUCUGCUAAACACAGAGAUUGUGCACUGCCUGAUUACACUAUAUGAGUGAGAGUGAAUUCACAAGGCUUAGAGGUCAUUACAGGUCAAGAGAUACUGAGACAUUGCAUAUACAUGCAAACAAAGGCACACACACACACACACACAUACACUGAAAUUCACAAAAAAUCUGACUGGACUGAACUGCCCCGUGAUGCUUUCUCCUUUCAAACUGGAACUAGCGGACACUUAACGCUUCACUUCAGACAGUUCAGAGACUUUCAGCAACCCUGUAAAAAACAUAUGUGACAGGACUAUGGUAAUGUAAUGUAAACUGAUACAUUGUUCGUUAUUUAAGCUGUCUUGUUACCAUACACUGCCAUUGCUUCAAGUCUGUAAAUCCACAGGGACAUCACUCUGUUCUGUGCCUUCUGUGACUGAAACUAUUGUAACUCAUUCUUCUCAUGUUAACAGUAGCAGCGUGGCCCUUUCCAAAGCUUUGCGUUGUUUAGUUGUGUGGUCAUGGCGCCCGCUUGGCCAAGGGACAGUGAUGGGACAGUUAUGUUCAUAUAAGGCUGGCAAAUCUCAUGUGUUGCUGUUGCUGUCACCCUUUCGAGUGUGUGGCCUCUCACAAAGAUUUGGGUGUGUUGAGCAAAGGUUAUAUUCUCAUCCUCUUAGGUAAACACACACAACUGGCCACCCUCUGUGCAAAGCAUUUUAGGUAUACUUACUCUCUGCAAUAACACUCUCUGCAAUAUCAAUACUGCCACUACCAACCUCAAUAAAAAUCAUCUUUUUGGGAAUAUG